GAGCUCGCGCACCACCACCGCAUCCACUCGGGCGAGCGCCCCUACCAGUGCCCCUCGUGCAGGGUGCGCUUCACCGAAGCCAACACCCUGCGGCGGCAUUACAAACGCAAACACCCGGAGCUGGUGGGGAUGCCCGUGCGCCUGUGCCCCCCAAACCCGAGGCCCCAGCCGCUGUGGGAUGACGACGACGACGACGAGGAGGGUGUCCCCGUUGCAGAAAGGGUGCAGGAGGAGAGCCCCGAGGGAAAGGGGCCGGCUUCUCCCCUGCCUGGGUUUACAGCGGGGAGUUCGGCUGCGGCUGGGCGUGGGCAAGGAGGCCAAGACACCCUCAUUUCUGGUGAUGUUUCCAUCACGGAAGGGGGUCAGAAGCAGGGGCCUAGACCUCUGGGUCCUGAUGCCGUGCAGCACCCUCCUGCGGACUGACGGGCUCUGGGAGGCACGGGCUGCGGAAAUAAAUCCCUGCCUCCUGAC